CGAAGCGCACUCGUGAUUGGUCGUGGCGCGGCACGGGGGCGUUUCCGAGGAGGCACGUACGCUUGAAAUGACCAGUGAGGGAAGCGAUGACAGUUACCAUGGUUACAGUGGUUUGUCAACCUAUACACUGAAAAGAGAGAAAGCGCGAAGGCGUCUAAUGCUUGGAAGAUGCACAGCAUGAGCGGAAGGAAACUACCCGGAUUCAUCACAAGCUACAGGGCAGAAGAAGCUGAAAAACUCACACUGCAGAUGAAAAAUGGUUCUGGCAGCUCCCGAUACAAACCGGCCCAAUACGAAACCCUGCAGGCCUUUGUUGAUGCCAGACGCCUGGAGUACGAUCUCAUUGGACAAAAGGUUCUGAAGACAUGCCACGCGGCCAAGGCAACCAAGGAGAGCUCCUUAUUACGACAGCACCGGCAGGUGUGGAGCAGAGAAUGCCCCAGGCUGCAAAAAGCUGAGGAGCAGGCAGAAGAAGAUAUCCAUCAUUUUCUCAAUCAGAUCAAGCCAAAUGACAUAAGAGACACUGCCAUCUUCUUACUGCAACAAUACGGAGAAGCUCUUGAAAGAGAACGAGAAGAGUUCAGAAUAUCUACAGUUGAGCCUGUGUAUCAGCUCAGAGAUGACCUGUGCUUCAGACUGAAUAAGGUGGAGGAUCAGGAGCUCAAGGAACAGCCGUCAGACUGGGAACAAGUAAAGCAACAGAUCAAUUUUGUGAAAGACCAACAAAUGGAUAUAAUUGCAAGGCUUAAUGCAGAGUACCAGGACACAGAGCAGCAGAUCAUGGACCUUGGCUUAGAGAAAUACUUUAUCAGUACUCCGGAUACUGUUGUGAGUUCAGAAAUAAUUCCUGAGGAGGUUUUGGAAGCAGACUGUCCUUAUCCAGACCUGAAGGAGUCUCUGAUCCAGGCCUUCAAGUCCCUCUCAGAAAGCUACCAGGACAGACAGCAGAAACUGAAGGACGAGCUGCAGAAAAUGGACAGGUUCUGUGGCUGGUGUCCAGACGACCAUCAGCGAUUCCAGCUCACAGUGUCUACGUACACUCAUGACAUACUCAACUACAGAGCGCUGUGCAUGGACAUGCUGGUGAGACAGUUCCCAGACAGGACCCGACUUGAACUGAUGCAGCAUGAACGUUUGUGGGACAUGCAGCGAUUCGCCCAGGCGCAGUUACGAGUCGCGACCCAGCAGUGGCAGCGAGGCCGGCGGGAGCUUCUGGACAGGGCCCUGGUCACGCUGCAGGAGGCCAAACACGCCCACCAGGAGGAGCUGGAGCACCACAGAGACCGCCAGCAUCAGCAGGACGUCAGCUUGCGACUCAGAGAGAAACUGCAGCAGUGGCGGGCCCAGCAGGAGGAGGUGGCGAAGCUGGAGGCCGCUAUGGCAGCGAGACAUCAAGAGGAGGAAGAGGAGAGAUUAAAGAGGGAACAGGAGAAGGAGGCUGCCAUCAGAUCGCAGCAGAAAGAGAAACUGAGGCUGUUUUAUUUAAAGCAGCAGAGGAGGAGGGAGGUGCUGGAACAGCGGGAUCAGGAGAGACUUGCUGCCCUGAGGAGUGCCAUGGAAGAACAGGCGAGAAGAGAUAAGGCAGAGGGUGCAGUUUCGCGCAGGUGCGUUGCAGCAACGGAUGAAGGAGAGAGAAAUGCAGGAGCUCGAGCAGCGGCGGGAGGAACAAGAGAGACGGGAUCGUCUGGAAGCUCUCAGAAAGCAGGUUGAGGUGCUGGUGGAGGCCGACCCAGAGAGGAUGAUGGCAGACACGGAGGCUUGGAGGAGCCGACACGUGAAUGAGAAAGGGUUCGAGCCGCAGAGGCCUCUCUACAGUAUUAACACGUACACC